AUGCCGACAGAAUUCUCUCUCUUCUCUGCUCUUCCAACCGAGCUUAGGGAAGAGAUCUGGAAUCUAGCUAUUCGCCCAAAGCGCUCAGGAGUUCAUAUAUUCCGCGUUUACAGUACUUAUAUGGGCCAUGAGAAUUCGCCAGAGGAAGUCAUUCACUUCUCAGCCAACGAAGCUUCAUUUUACGGGCACGAACGUUGUGAACUGAGUCUUGCAGUACCAUUGCCACACAAAAGUCUCGACGGUGCCAAUAAAGAUGGCGCUAGGAUGACAUCGUCAUAUAUGAUCGAUACGGGGUUAUGGACUGCCUGCCAUGAAUCAAAGUCCAUGAUGAAGAAGGCCUUUCUAACGAUCAAGAAUACUAGGCACGGCAAAGUUCCAUACUACCACCUAUACAACGUUGAUGAUGCGCUUGGCCAUAAGGCCCUGCAUGUUGGCAUCGAAUACCAGUCAGAUUGGGGACCGCAAUUUUACGACGAGCUACAAGGUGACGGAGAGUGUCCAGCAUUCGAUCAGAUUCAGGGCCUACAACACAAUGUGUUUGCUCCAUGCAUAUGGCUUGUAGAUUACAAUCUGAAGCGAAAAGCAAAUGCUCUUCCCCACGAGGGUGAGUGCUUCUAUGCAGAUGACAGGAAGCCUAUCGCUGUGGAUUCUCUUGGAAUAAGGCUCUCUGGACCACUGGGAGUACAUUGA